AUGCAUAUCAACUCCCGCGACGUGCACUUCAUGUCCACAACGAAAGCCGACAAAUCGCGAGACGCCAUAAUUCUGGUCAAACUGACCAAAAAGCUCGGACUUCUGCGGCCGCGCAAAGUGGGCGCCGACGCGCGCGAGAAGCUCAAGAACAACGCGUUGGACACGGCGUUCGGCGAAUACCUGCAAUGGAUCUUCUAUCUGCCCUUUCAUCACGUGAUUCGCGUCAUCGACUGCUUUCUGGUGGAGGGCGAGAAGUUCCUCUUCCGGAUCGCAUUGUCGCUCGCGAUUCAGUGCCAGAAACACAAGAAUGGAAUCAAUUUGGAGAAAAUGCGCGAAUUCUGCGAAAACAUCCAAAUUUCGCCGCAAAAACUCAUUUCCGUCGCCUUGAAAGUGACGUCACUCUCGCGCAAAGGUUUGCCAUUGCAUUGGUGUUGCAUUGCACUGACCCCUCCCUCCCCCCUCUCGCCCGCAGACAUUGCCAAAGCCAAAUCGAAGGCCGAAUUAAAGUCGGAAAACAUUUCGUUCAACGAAAGCCCGCUUCACGUCAAGUGUGACGUCAUCUCCGCCAAAGACUACAUCAUCGGCGCGCGCAUCGCCCCCCAGCACUUCCACUCACAGAUCCUCAACACGUGGUCUCUGGUGGACACUCUGUGGGAGUGGCUGCCCGAGCGCCUGGUCGUGCGCGAGCCGGAAGUGGUGUUCUGUUCGGAAGAGAACGGCAACUCUUUGCAGACCUUUUUCACGCUUUGCGCCGAUUUCGAGCCAACAAUACUUCUCAUCAAAACCAUCGGCAAUGAGGUGUUCGGCGCGUUCUGCUCGACCUCGUGGUCCAAGCGGUUGGACUUGAUGUCGAAAAGCGGUCAAUACUUCGGAACGGGAGAAACCUUCCUCUUCCAACUGUUGCCGACGCACGCGAAGUACGAGUGGGUGGGGAAGGCCCAGAAGAUCACCUCCCACUCCCAGCAGCUCUUCAUGUCCGCCAACCACCGCUCCAUCUGCGUCGGGUCGGGCGGCGGCCGUUUCGGUCUCUUCGUGGACGAGUCGCUGACCAGAGGCCAGAGCGACAGAUGCGAGACCUUCGACAACGAGCGCCUGUGUUCAGAAACGAAUUUCGACAUUUCUGUGGUCGAAGUGAUCGCUUUCUCGUGACUUUAUUCAAAACUCAUCAAAAAUGUCAUAAAAUACAUAUUCAUUGCCCAUCACGUGACACGACCGCUGCCCCGAACACCGCCGUCGUCAUAGCGACCAUCGCGGCCACCACUGCGGCGAUAAUCGAGUGGAAGAGCGCGACGACCACUGCGACGACCGCGAGGACGACAGACGACGCGAAGACGACGUGUUUGUGUUCGACAACAAUACCAAUGAACGUAAUAAUCGCGAGCAGAAGAGAGAGACCGGAGAAGAGGAUCGCAUUGAAGACUGGAAGAGAGAGAGAGAGAGAGGACAUUGAAUUCACGCUCACUUCACGCAUUGUUUACCUUUUUCUGGGUUUUUCUCCGAAUUGUAAUCAAAAUAAACGAUAAAAACAAUUAAAACCAAAAUCAGAGUUAAAAAGAAAAGUUCGAGAAAAACUUUAAUGAAGCGAAAAAUGAGCGCAUUUUCAAACAUUUUCGCGAUUGUUGCC